UAAGGUCUCACGUGUAUGAGUGAGAGCAGCAGCUAUGUGGUGAGCCAAGAGCCACGUUGCAGUGAGAGGUGGGCUGGGGAGGCACUGCUGCAUAAACACCACCCAUGGAAAAGUCACAGGGACAAUGCAAAGAGUCAUGUUGGCAAUGUCAAGUCUCAGUCACCAGCGUGGGACAGCAAAAGGACUUUCUGCAGAACCUGACAGGCAGCUGCCUCAGGCAUCAGAGACACAUCUAGAAGACAGCCAUUAACCUAAAGUAAAGCUGCUUUUGAACACCCCUGACAGUUCUGACCCUGCUUCAGCAUCUAAUCUCAAGCAGGCAGAGGGAAGAAAGAAGGAGCCUGUGCAAGGAUCAGAAGCUGACCCCAGCUCUCUGGUGAUGGCAUGGAUCGGACACUUCUCCAGCAGCUGUUUUACCCACCUCCUGGUCCUGCCCCCAUCCAGCAUCCCCCAAGUGCCAAGGCACAAGACUGAUGCAGAGCUGCUCUUAGCAACCCAGCCAUGGCUGGAGAUUCUCGGAUCUUCAUGAACCAGGACAUGGACAUCGGAGUGACCUCCAGAGAGCCCAAGAAGAUCCCCAAACAGGCUCGGGAUGAUCCCCCCAUCGCCACGGACCGGACCCGCCUCAUCUCAGCUGAAGGCAAGAAGCCCCGUCAGCGUUACAUGGAGAAGAGUGGCAAGUGCAACGUCCACCAUGGCAAUGUCCAAGAGACCUACCGCUACCUGAGUGACCUCUUCACCACCCUGGUGGACCUCAAGUGGCGUUUUAACCUGCUGGUCUUCACCAUGGUCUACACCAUCACUUGGUUGUUUUUUGGCUUCAUCUGGUGGCUCAUUGCUUAUGUCAGGGGAGACCUGGAUCAUCUUGAGGAUGAGAAUUGGAUCCCCUGUGUGGAAAACCUCAGUGGGUUCGUCUCUGCCUUUCUGUUUUCCAUCGAGACCGAGACGACCAUCGGCUACGGCUACAGGGUCAUCACUGAGAAAUGCCCUGAGGGCAUCGUCCUGCUCCUCAUCCAGGCUAUCCUAGGCUCCAUUGUCAAUGCUUUCAUGGUGGGAUGCAUGUUUGUCAAGAUCAGCCAACCAAAGAAGAGGGCUGAGACCCUCAUGUUCUCCAACAACGCCGUGAUUUCCAUGAGGGAUGAGAAGCUCUGCCUCAUGUUCCGGGUCGGAGACCUCCGUAAUUCCCACAUUGUCGAGGCUUCUAUCAGAGCCAAACUGAUUAAAUCCAAACAGACCAAAGAAGGAGAGUUUAUCCCCUUAAACCAAACAGACAUCAACGUGGGAUUUGACACUGGAGAUGACAGGUUGUUCCUGGUGUCACCUCUUAUCAUCUCGCACGAGAUCAACGAGAAAAGCCCCUUCUGGGAGAUGUCCCGCACCCAACUGGAGAAGGAGGAGUUUGAAAUUGUGGUCAUCCUGGAAGGAAUGGUGGAAGCAACAGGGAUGACUUGCCAGGCUCGCAGCUCCUACAUGGACACCGAGGUGCUGUGGGGACAUCGCUUCACUCCUGUCCUCACCUUGGAGAAGGACUUUUAUGAGGUUGAUUACAACAGCUUCCACAGCACUUAUGAGACCAACACUCCUGUGUGCUGUGCCAAGGAGCUGGCUGAGUCUCGCAGGGAAGGGCAGCUCCUGGGUCAGCUCUCCUGUGCCACCCUCCUGAGUGGAGGCAGAGAAGCAGAGGCAGCAAAAGGGGAAGAAGAAGAGGAAGAGGAAGGAGAGGAAGAAAGCAGGGAGCCAGCAGCAUUCAAUGGGACAGCAGGAGAAGUGCAAGAUGAUAUGCCUGUAUAACAAACUGCUGGGCUGGACCUUGGUACUGGGAGACUGUGGCUUGGCAAGCCAGGGAGAGCUGAGACUUCUGCCUCACUGCACAGCACCGUGCCUCAGUUUCCCCUCCCCUUUUAUCUAUACCCUGAGGCUCUAAGCUUUGCACCCACCUGCAAAGGGUUUGAAUCCCUUCCUGGACAAGGCUCACUAAGUAUCAUCACUGUUCCAAAUGGAAAUCCCCACCACUGGUUUGUUUCAAGAGGGUGUUUCAUUGCACCCCCAGAACUCUUCUCCCCCUUGAGAGGGUGUUUUAAAGAAGCCCAGAAUGUCUCAUCUCAGUAUGAAGAAUGUGGUUUCAUACCUUCACUUAAUUUGUGAGUCAAUUGUGUAGCCAUUGCUGAAUUAAAAGAAGAAGGGGGGGAA